GAACAUGUGAAGCAAAAGCAAUAUAAAGUCCUUGAACGUUCUGCGAAUUUAAACGUGCGAUCCUUUGUUGAAGAGGAAAAUGUCUUAGCACGUAAUGCCCGUAAUUAUCAAGGGAAAGAGAAAUGGAUUCCUGGAGUGGUCACUAAAGUUCUUGGUUCAAGGCAUUACAUGGUUAGAGUACCUGGAUAUCUGUGGAAACGACAUGUAGAUCAGUUAGUCAAAUACAAUCCGCAGAUUGAACCAGAAAAUGAUUGGGAUGAAGUUGAGAUCUCUUCGGAAAAGAGUGGGACACCGGAAGCAGAACAAUUAUUUGAAAAUUCGAACAGAUAUGGAAACACCUCGGGUACUAGUACUGUAGAAAAGAACGAUAAUCAAAACUCUGUUACUGAUAAUUCAAGUGCGAAUAACACAGGUUCCGCUGAAAGACGUUAUCCGUUAAGAGCUAAUCGAGGAAGAACAGAUCAUUAA